AUGCCAAAUGCGGAAGAAUCUGCUGAGACUGCUGGCACCAUUGGGCUUUUCGUGGGUAACUUGUUUCCUGACCGCAACAUCCACGAGCCAAGAAUCAAGGAUAAACGCCCCAGUCGAAAAGAUCGCGCUGCUCCCUUUUCCUGGAAGCAUUUUCAAAGGCUCAUAGAUGACGUGAAUGUAUCACCAGUCCUUGUCAACGCUGUCAUUGGUGGCUGUCAUGUUUUGACUUACUUAAAGUACUACACCAAGCCGGUUAAACCUUUAGAAAUGAAUUAUAAACGAUUGUACCUGAACCCGAUAGGUUACCAACCUGAAAAUAGCACUUGGCAAAAUGUCUCCGGAGAUUCUCGGCUUGCUGCCAUUCAAGAAUUGGAAGCUAAGGCAUCGUUUUAUAUUCCUCUUAGUGCUUAUGUUGGUGUCACGAUUAAAUAUGAACUCCUGCAUAAUGUUGACGUCCCUGAUCAUCCUUAA